AUGCUCCUCCACAGAGCAGAGAGAACAGAUGGACUUCUGAUCAGUGCGGCAGAACAGCUUCUUCACCUCAUCGUGGACAGAGCAGAUGUUCUCCUGGAGCUUCUUGGAGGGCUCCACCAGCUUUGGAGCCACAUCAUAAUGAGGCUGAAGGUGUUCCUCACAGUAAGAGGCCACACAGCUCAAACAGGACUUGCUGGCUCUCAGUUUUCUCCCAGAGCAGAAAUCACAGGCCACAUCUUCAGGUCCAGCAUAGCAGUGGUCAGCAGGAGCAGCUUGGAGUCCAGUCUUCUUCAGCUGCUCCACUAA